AAGGUUGCAAAGAAAAACCCAUGAAAAAAAUGCCUAGUUAAGCGAGGUGGAUCCCAAAAUAACUUCUCUUGUCAGACUUGUCUGCAAGCAACAUUUCACAUGUCCAAAAGCCAAGGUCCAGUUUGCCUCAUCAUGGAAGCUGAAAAACUAUUCCUGCUUUUUUCUCUUAUAAUGCUCCAAUUCUUAUCUUGUACAUCCCAAGAAUCCUUAAAGACCAACCAAACCAUUAAAGAAGGUGACCUUCUUAUCUCCAAAGGAAAUAUUUUCGCACUAGGAUUUUUCAGUCCUGGCAGUUCAACCAAUAGAUAUCUUGGAAUUUGGUACCAUAAAAUACCAGAACAAACUGUGGUGUGGGUUGCAAACAGGAACGAUCCAAUCAUUGGUUCCUCUGGCUUUCUCUUCAUAAACCAAUUUGGUAACCUCGUUCUCUAUCGUAAAGAUGACCAAAAGCUUCUAGUGUGGUCUACCAAUGUUUCAGUGGAAGAAAAUGAUACUUGUGAAGCUCAACUCUUGGAUUCUGGGAAUUUGAUACUGGUCAGGAAAAGAAGCAGAAAAAUUGUAUGGCAGAGCUUCGAUUAUCCUACUAACAUACAGCUACCUGGAAUGAAACUGGGGCUGGAUCGAAAAUUAGGAACUGAUCGGUUCCUAACAUCAUGGAGAUCAGCUGAUGACCCUGGAAUUGGAGACUUUUCAAUUAGGAUCAACCCAAAUGGUUCACCACAAUUCUUUCUCUAUAAUGGUACAAAGCCAAUUACUAGAGCUCCCCCUUGGCCAUGGAGAAGUCAGAUGGGCACAUUCAAAAGCGUUUUUGUAAAUGAUCCAGACGAAAUAUACUGUCAAUCAACAGUUCCUGAUGGUUAUUAUCUGGUAAGACUAAUAGUGGAUCAUUCAGGACUUCUAAAGAUGUUAACAUGGCGAGAAAGUGAUGGUCGGUGGAAGGAAUACUGGAAGUCCCCUCAGUUACAGUGCGACUAUUAUGGAUACUGUGGUGCUUAUAGUACGUGUGAACUUGCCAAUUAUAAUGCUUUUGGAUGUGCCUGUUUACCUGGGUUCGAGCCCAAGAACCCAAUGGAAUGGUCAUUGAGAGAUGGGUCCGGUGGUUGUGUCAGGAAGCGGCUACAGACAUCUUCGGUGUGCGAUCAUGGAGAAGGGUUUGUGAAGGUGGAAAAUGUAAUUCUUCCGGACACUUCAGCUGCAGCUUGGGUGGACAUGAGCAAGAGUCGUGCAGAGUACUGUGAACUGGAAUGCAAGAGGAAUUGUUCAUGCUCUGCUUACGCUGUCAUUGUGAUUCCCGGAAAAGGGGAUGGUUGUUUGAAUUGGCACAAGGAAUUAGUAGACAUUAAAUAUGAUAGGAUUGAAAGUCAUGAUCUGUAUGUUCGUGUUGAUGCAUAUGAAUUAGGUGCCGAAGGGGACAGCCUUUGCCAUAUGUCUUGCCAUGUUUCCAUAGGAGAAGGGAGUGGUUUUUCGUCUGGAGUUAAUCGUUAUUGUUUUCAUUCUCAUGCAGCUGGUAAUACAAGGAAGCUAAAUGGUUCUCGGGAAAAAACGAUGCAGGCCAUUUUAGCACCAUCAAUUGCAUUAUUGUUGUUUCUCAUUAGCCUAACUGCUUAUUUGCGGCUCAAGAAGGGGGCAAAAAAAGGUACCGAGCUGCAGAUAAACAGCAAUUCUACUGAAUCGGAAUGUUUCAAGCUCAGCACCAUAAUGGCGGCCACAAACAAUUUCUCUCCAGCUAACGAACUCGGGCAAGGUGGUUUUGGCUCGGUUUAUAAGGGUCUGCUAGCUAAUGGACUGGAGGUUGCAAUAAAAAGGUUAUCUAGAAGUUCAAGACAAGGAAUAGAAGAGUUUAAAAAUGAAGUUAUGGUAAUUGCAAAGCUUCAACACAGGAAUCUUGUGAAACUUCUAGGUUACUGCAAUCAGGAUGGAGAACAAAUGUUAAUCUAUGAAUACUUGCCAAACAAAAGCUUGGACUCGUUUCUUUUCCAUGAAAGCAGAAGAUUGUUAUUGGAUUGGCGAAAACGCUUCGAUAUUAUUGUUGGAAUAGCUCGUGGGAUUUUAUAUCUUCACCAAGAUUCCAGGUUGAGAAUCAUUCACAGGGAUUUAAAAUGUAGCAACAUUCUACUGGAUGCAGAGAUGAACCCAAAAAUAUCAGAUUUUGGAAUGGCAAAAAUAUUUGAAGGCAACCAAACUGAAGAUAGGACCAGGAGAGUUGUAGGAACAUUUGGCUAUAUGUCACCAGAAUAUGCUGUGCUUGGAAACUUUUCUGUAAAAUCAGAUGUUUUCAGUUUUGGGGUCGUGUUGCUAGAGAUUGUGAGUGGCAAGAAGAACAACAGAUUUUAUCAACAGAAUCCUCCUUUGACCUUGAUUGGAUAUGUGUGGGAAUUAUGGACACAAGACAAAGCAUUGGAGAUAGUGGAUCCAUCACUGAACGAGUUAUAUCGUCGACGUGAAGCCUUCAAAUGCAUACAAAUUGGUCUGCUGUGCGUGCAAGAAGAUGCCGCGGACAGAUCAUCUAUGUUGGCUGUUGUUUUUAUGUUGAGUAACGAAACAGAGAUUCCUUCUCCAAAACAACCUGCAUUCCUCUUUAGAAAAUCUGAUAAAUUUCCUGAUAUAGCAUUAGACGUUGAAGAUGGACUGUGCUCUGUAAAUGAGGUGACAAUUACUGAAUUCGCUUGUCGCUGAAGCUGUGCUAUCCGAAAAAUUGCUAAUAUGAAGUUCCAUUGGAUUUGCUAACGAUAGUGAAUGCCUUUCCUCAAGACAGUCAGAACAAAUAUUUUAAAGCGGCAGAAAACAAUGGGACAUAUAUGUUGUGCAUCACAACAGAUCAAGCUCUUCAUAACAAAAAUUCGAGCAUGUCCGGGCCAUGGCAAUUAUUGUUUGGGAUUUGCAGUAUUUUUUUAGUUGAUUUAAGAUUUUUUUUAAUUUGAUUUGGAAUUUUUAUUAUUUUUUCAGUUUUGUUUAAGAUAUUUUUUCAAGUAUAAAUAGAAUUUUUAUCAAUAAUAAAAUUAUGAAUUAGAAUUUUGUA